AUGGACAGCCUAUUGCUGCGCAUAGCAGAUGUGAUCCCGGUGCUGGUCAAUGUGCAAUUGUUUCAUAUCCAGUCGAAGCCUGUGUCCGUCAGAUCGCCAGUGCAUUUUUCUUCUCGGGAUCCCCACAAACCACAGACAUUUAAGAUCAGACAUUUUCUCCAGUUGCUAAGCAAUGCCGAUUUAGUGGUGCUAGGAAUUGAGGUCUUUGUAUAUGUACAAGUUUUCAAGGAGAAAGUCGAACGUUUCAUCUUCAUCUCGAAGUGUGACACGGUUGGCUCGACACAAUUGGACUUUAGGGUGGGCGACGUAAUAAAGCAAUUUUUGACGUGGUUGAUUGAUUUCAACUUGUACGACUACAAGAUUAAACAGAGCAGCAAAGGUGAAAAUGAAGAAGACGAAGAGCGAAAACCCAAUACCCUCUCUUCAAUUGUAGAGAAAUUGAACGAUCCUAACUAUUACAACUCUAUUUCGUACUACAACAAGGAUCCAACUAAGCACGCCAGAAGCACACCUCUUCUUCAAUUGCCAGAGGUUGAAACAGUGAAGUUAGUUUUAUUCACUCGAGCUGCAAAUCAGUAUUUGUAUCCAAAUUCACACAAAAAUGCACAUAAACAUUGCCUAAGCGGAGUUCAAUUACUCAAAUGGUGGAUCAAGACUAUUGACCUGAUUGUUUCAAACAAGUGGGAAUGCAAAGUAGCCAUACCAGGUCAUCCUGUUCAUUUCAAUGCGAAAUUCAUCGAGUCCACAAAGAACCCAUGGUAUUUGGGCCACAUUUUCAGUCCAGCAGACGCCAAAGCUGUAUAUACAAUUCCACUUUUCCCAGACGACCCAAAGGGUAGAUUCUUGGAACAUUUGAUUGUUGAAAAUAGAUACAGAGAUGUCAAUGUAGAACAGUUCUACGAGGAGCUUGGCUAUAGACAAGAGUUCCUUCUAGGAGAAUUGGUUGGACUUAUUGGUUGCGAGUUGGACAACGUGAAAUUGGUUCAGAAAGAAGCUGCUACCCCAGAAAAUUCUGAUACAUUUGUGUCUAUUCUGCAAUACAAGCAGGUUAUCAAUCUCAUCAAAGGCGAGGACUACAGUAUAGCAUCAGACGUUCAAUCUCUUGUAAGGACGAAGCUUCCAGAGUUGAUACGCAGGCAAAACAUGAAAGGUGUAGAUUACCAUAAGAUCGUCGGUAAGAGUUCUACUACAGCUGUAAGAGCAAAACGACCACCAGAAGCUGCUACAACCAUUAACACUUUAACAGUUAAGAAACGCACGAAAGUAAAUAAUUUAAAUAGCCUUGUUCGGAAAAAGUAA